AUGUUAGUUUCAUGGAAUGUGAGGGGCCUGAAUAGGAGGGUUAAGACUAAAGAAGUUAGUGCCCGCCUCCGUUCUCUUAACCCUAUGAUCUGCAUUUUGCUCGAAACCAGAGUGAAGCAGGAAAAAGCUGACAGAAUUAGAUGUAAAUUGAGGAGUACAUGUAGUUUUUUGGAUAACUAUACUAACCAUGUGAAUGGCAGAAUCUGGAUCUGGUGGGACAAUGCCAAAACUGAAGUUAGGAAAGUUACUAGCUCUCGUCAAAUGAUUCACUGUGGAGUCUAUGAUAUGAAUGGGGUUUUCUAG